AUGGCGAAUAAGGGAAGGCAAGAAGAGCGGCCAAGUGGCCACAGAAGAAUGGGCCAGAAGUGCAAAGUCAGCGAGCAGUGCGGCAACCCCCACUGUACGAUCACGAAGAUUAACGACAGACCACUAGUCUCGGGGAUGGCCCAACCAGACCCGAUUCCACACGCCCACACAUGUCCAUACGAGAAGACCCUUGUACAACACCACACAGCGCCAUCUUUGGGAUCGGAAAUGAAAUCUUUCACCAGAACAGCGAUUGGAUUCUACGGAUACUCCGAAGACGAACUUCUCCACAGAUUUAGCUUCACAUGCGACACGCUUCCCACUAGCAUAGCGGAGUUUGAGGAGGCGGUCUUCCAGAAUACGUGUAGCCUUUACGCAUUUCGAACCCUGGCCGCCUACAGCGCCCGGUUCGCUUGCUUCCGUCUUUAG